GUGUGGGCUGCGAUGCCCUGCGGACCAGGACUACUUUUGGCCCUCCACAGCCGCCGUCCACAGCGCCCAGCUGAACCCCAAAGCCCUUUGAGAAGACCCGCACGGCCUCCGGCUCCCCCGCCUGAGCUCUCCCGGCAGGUCAGACCAUGAAGCUCAAGGAACUUGAGAGGCCAGCUGUCCAAGUGUGGAGCCCAGCCAGCCAGUACCCUGUGUAUCUGGCCACAGGAACAUCUGCCCAGCAGCUAGAUGCCUCCUUUAGCACAAAUGGCACAUUGGAAAUCUUUGAGAUUGAUUUCAGGGACCCUUCUUUGGACUUGAAACGCAAGGGAGUCCUUUCUGCCUCAAGCAGGUUUCACAAGCUGGUUUGGGGAAGCUUUGGCACUGGGCUUCUGGAAGGCUCCGGGGUUAUUGCAGGCGGUGGAGACAAUGGCAUGCUUACUCUAUACAAUGUGACCCAUGUCCUGUCUUCCGGGAAGGAGCCUGUGAUUGCCCAGAGACAGAAGCACACGGGGGCUGUCGGAGCCCUUGACUUUAAUCUUUUUCAGGGUAACCUCCUGGCAUCAGGGGCCAGUAAUUCUGAAAUCUUCAUUUGGGAUUUGAAUAACCUGAGUGCGCCGAUGACCCCAGGAUCCAAGUCACAGCCCCCGGAAGACAUCAAGGCACUUUCUUGGAACCGGCAAGUUCAGCACAUUUUGUCUUCUGCUCACCCCAGUGGCAAGGCAGUUGUGUGGGAUCUCAGAAAGAAUGAACCUAUCAUCAAAGUCAGUGACCACAGCAACAGGAUGCACUGCUCAGGCCUGGCCUGGCACCCAGACAUAGCCACUCAGCUGGUGCUGUGCUCCGAAGAUGACCGUCUCCCCGUGAUUCAGCUGUGGGACUUGCGCUUCGCUUCCUCGCCCCUGAAGGUGCUGGAAAGCCAUAGCAGGGGUAUCUUGUCAGUGUCAUGGAGCCAGGCUGAUGCGGAGCUGCUGCUCAGUAGUGCCAAGGACAACCAGGUUUUGUGCUGGAACCUGGGGAGCAGUGAGGUGGUAUAUAAGCUACCCACACAGAGCAGCUGGUGCUUUGACGUGCAGUGGUGCCCUCGGGACCCUCCAGUGUUCUCUGCUGCCUCCUUUGAUGGUUGGAUCAGUUUGUACUCUGUGAUGGGUAGGAGCUGGGAAGUCCAGCAGAUGAGACAGGCUGACAAGAUCUCUUCUUCCUUCAGUAAAGGCCAGCCUCUCCCACCACUGCAAGUGCCAGAGCGAGUGGCCCAAGCAUCACUGAUACCUCCUCUGAAAACAACGCCCAAAUGGAUGAAAAGGCCAGCAGGCGUUUCGUUUGCUUUUGGGGGGAAGCUGGUUACCUUUAGCCUUCCCAGCAUCCCUGCCCAUCAGGUGCCACAGCCUUGCCUCCGCCUGGUCUUCAUCAGUCAAGUCACCACAGAGUCUGAACUCCUGAUGCGGUCAGCUGAGCUGCAGGAGGCCCUGGGGUCAGGAAAUCUCCUCAGUUAUUGCCGGAACAAGAUCCAGCGAGCAUCAGUGCAAAGCGAAAAGAUGUUCUGGCAGUUCCUGAAGGUGACCUUGGAGCAAGACUCCAGAAUGAAAUUUCUAAAGCUCUUAGGAUACAGUAAAGAUGAGCUUCAGAAGAAGGUGGCCACGUGGUUGAAGAGUGACUCGGGGCUGGGUGAGAGCCUUCAGCCCAAGGGAGAUGACCUCAACAGUAACAGACGACAGGCCUUCUGCAGCCAGGCCUCCAAACACACCACAGAGGAAGUCUCUGCCUCCUCAGCCUUCUUUGAUGAGCUGGUCCCGCAGAACAUGACUCCAUGGGAGAUCCCCAUCACAGAAGACGUGGAUGGACUCCUGAGCCAGGCUCUCCUGCUUGGUGAACUGGGCCCUGCUGUUGAGCUGUGUCUGAAGGAAGAACGUUUUGCUGAUGCCAUUAUCCUGGCCCAGGCUGGGGGCACAGAUCUGCUGAAGCAAACACAGGAACGCUACUUGGCCAAGAAGAAAACCAGAAUCUCCUCGUUGCUAGCCUGUGUUGUUCGGAAGGAUUGGAAGGAUAUGGUGUGCUCCUGUAGCCUGCAGAACUGGAGAGAGGCCCUGGCCUUGCUCCUGACAUACUCGGGGCCAGAGAAAUUCCCUGAGCUUUGUGACAUGCUGGGUACUCGCAUGGAGCAGGAGGACGGCAGGGCGCUUGCCUCCGAAGCCAGGCUCUGCUAUGUGUGCUCAGGGAGUGUGGAGCGGCUGGUGGAGUGCUGGGCGAAAUGCCACCCGGCCUCAUCCCCCAUGGCUCUACAGGACCUGAUGGAGAAGGCAAUGGUUCUGAACAGGAGCUUGGAGCUACUGCGGGGUCCUGAUGGUAUGAGCCCAGGCCCUGCCACAACCUACAGGAUCACUCAAUAUGCCAACCUCCUGGCCGCCCAAGGCAAGCUGGCCACUGCCAUGAGCUACCUACCCAAUGACUGUGCUCAACCACCGAUUCAGCAGCUGAGAGAUCGGCUUUUUCAUGCCCAGGGUGCUGAUGUCUCGGGCCAGCAGUGCCCCCCUUUCCCCUUCCCCCGAGUCAUUGUGGGAACUACUCCCCACUCUAAAGAGACAUCAUCUUGCAAAUUGGGAUUCCAGCCUUCUCACCAGGUUCCCACUCCAUCUACAAGGCCAAGGAUUUUCACACUUCAGUCAUCACUAGUGACACCCUUGGUACCUUCUCAUCUUGGCCCUAAUCAAGGCUCCAGAAUGCAGAAUAUAAGAGACUGCAGGGCACCUGAGUCCCAGGGAGCUCAGCCUUUGCCCCUGAGCCCUGCAGUAAGGCCUGCUUUAUCUCAGCCACAGCUGUUAAGAGGGCAAAGGGUGCAAGCUCCUAACCCCAUGGGAUACCUUGGAACAUGGCCUCUUCCUGGUCCCCCUCCACCCAUGGCACCCUCAGACAUUAUGCAGCCUGACUAUGCCUCCCUGCCCGAGACCGCUCGACUGCUCCCUUUCCUUCCUGUGAGACCACCAAGUCUCAUCCCUAUGAGCUCCCAGCCCCCCGCCCCUCCUGUCAGCUUCCCUGCAGCACACCCUCCUGGAGGACCAGGUGCUCCAUGCUCUAGCAUCAUCCAAACCACUGGCAUCUUGACUCCACAUCCAGGACCUCAAGCUUCCUUGAAAAAUGCUCCAGCUCCCAGAGCAAACCUCCAGAGGAGUCAGUUGCCAGAGACAUUUAUGUCCCCAGCACCAAUUACUGCUCCAGUUAUGAGCCUCACCUCUGAGCCACGACAGAUCCUCUCCUCACGGCCUCCCGUCCCUGGUGUGGAUCAUGCUCCCCCUGGAGCGCCCGGAGAGCUCGGCCUGCAGCAGUGGCCACCAGAGAAGAUGGACAGGAAGGAGCUGCCCCCAGAGCAUCAGUCCUUGAAAACCAGCUUUGAGGCGCUUCUACAACGCUGCUCCCUGUCUGCCACUGACUUCAAGACAAAACGGAAGCUGGAGGAGGCAGCCCAACGUCUAGAAUGUCUGUAUGAGAAGCUCUGUGAGGGGACACUUUCUCCUCAUGUCCUGGCUGGGCUCCACGAGGUUGCCCGAUGUGUGGACGCAGGAAGCUUUGAGCAGGGCCUUGCAGUGCACGCCCAGGUGGUGGGCUGCAGCCGCUUCAGCGAGGUCUCCAGCUUCAUGCCUGCCCUGAAGGCUGUCCUCACCAUUGCUCAUAAGCUGCACGUGUAAGCCAGGCAGCCUCUCUCACCAGGAGGCCACUUCUGCUGUUACUUAACUGUUCUCCCUGCAGAAAAGGGAAUUUCAGAACAGGUUGUUUGUUUUUUUCAGCCUUCCUUCUUGCUACCAGGUAUAUGAUGCUGUAGGCUUGGCUCCAAACUGGCAGAGUGCCUGCUUUCUUCCCCUGUAUGCCUGGCCUUCUAGGAUCUGUCCAAGUCUUGCUCAGCCCCCGAGGCUGAGCACAGAGGCAGUUCUGUACUUCCCCUAGUACUGUACUCUGGGCCAGGACCUGAGGAAGGACCUGGGCAGGCUCUCUUCUCCACCAGAGAUACUCUGAGUGGCUUCUAAGAGGGUGAGCAGGAUCCAAGUCUACCUCUGCUGUACCUGUCUUUUGGGUCUUUUGUUUUUCACCUUCUGUGGGUUAUGAGCCUGACCUUACCUUCUCCUUGCCUCUGACUUCAUAUUUCCAGGUCUAUAUUUCUCUGAGCCACAGAGGCUGGAGUAGAGUUGACUGUUCAUUCUUUGAACAAGUCAUGGACAUGAGGGAUGGGUGCUGAGCAGAACCAAGAGAAGGAACUAUGGCCCUUUUCAAAAGGAACAUCUCAUCUGCCAGCACUAUGAAGGGUGGGUGAGGUUAGGUGGAAGGGGGUACACUGCCUUUUGCUGGGAGCUGUCUUAGCCUUGAGAUAGGAACAGAGGGACCGCUGCCAAUGGGAAACAGCCCCUGACUUGACCUGUCUGAGCCCUGGUCCAAGGUCAUGGACCAUCCAUUCUGUGCGUAUGAGCCCAACUCUGGAAUAGGAGCCAUGUUAACAAAAGACUCUUAGCACUACUCCUCAAGGUUGGGAGGCCCUUCCCCCCUCAGCCUCCACAUGUCUCAGGGCUGCCUUCUCUGGCUG